AUGGGAACGUCCAUGUGUGUGCCGCGGUCACGGCGUGAUGACCGGCUGCUCGCGUACUUUGGCAUUCCGGUGAGUACACUCGUCGUGUAUGAACAGCGGGCGGUGUUGCAGUCAACAAAUUACAUUCCCAGCGUUCCCAUAUUGCUGCAGGAUAUCGCAUUCUACUGGGAUACACAGCAGGAGAAGGACUACACGGGUGCGGAUAAAAACGGCAACAGUUCCCCAUCCGCUGUAUCACCAGACAGUAUAUGGAUUGCAUCCGCAGAGAAGACAAUCAACGAUUUUGCAAAGAAGAGUAAACUACUCUCGCUUAAUAAACGUGUGCGGGUGGAGAAGAAAAAUGGUAAUCGUGCAGAGAAGCCUUCAGGAAAACGAGCCAAUCGUGUGUUUGAGAAACCAUUUCGUAGUCUGUUUGCAAAAAUGCCUCUCCGUGCACCGCACUUUGUGGCUUUAUUGACAUUAUUUUUACGUAAAUUACCUGAACCGCUUUUACCACCAUUGUUUGUGCGACAAAUGGAGGGGGUGUUAUCAAAUAGUAAUAUGUCAGAGGCCGCAAAGUCUCAGGCGUUGCAAAAGGUGGAUCGUCAAUCGUUUAAUUCAAAUUAUGCAGCGGAACAUGCCACUUUUCAAUACCUAAAGCAGUUGGUGCAACGACACCGUGCAGAGUUGAUUGCAGCUGAAGUGGAGGUAUUAGUUCGCUCAAUGCUGCGGGAAUCUAAUGAGUGUGUUGUGGAGUUUAUGAUGCAUCAAGUACGACCUUUAGUGAAUCCUGUGAUACCCGCUUCUGCACGUGGUGCGUCAAUAGAGAACAGUCAUGGUAAUGAUAAAAGUAAUAGUAACAGUAGUACUAGUAGGAGUAAUAGUACUAGUAGUAGUACUAGUGGUGGUAGUACUAGUAGUAGUAGUAAUAGUAGUAAUGCUAGUCGUGAUAGUCAAAAGAAGACCAGAUCAGUAUCGAAUGUACACAUGGAUGAAGUUCCACCAGAAUCUAAUGAGAAGAAUACAAGUAAUGCAGGAAGUGUCUUAUACUCAUCCGCCUCGCCUCAUCACUCUGAGGCAGAAGAAAAGAAAGAAACGGAUGAUAAAUGUGUAAAACCACAAGCAGAGGAAUCAGUGUUUACCGGCGGUGGUGAUUCUUCAGAAUCCAAAAAAGAUACUCACGAAGAAGUGAAAAGGACAGAAGUUGAAUUAGAUGGUGAAGAGAAAGGUGUUGUAGCACCAACAAGAAAAACAAAAACCACUACUACUACUACUACUAAUGCUACUGCUGCUAAGGAAACAUUGCAUGACGCGGUUGUAGCUCCUCCAUUGACUACAAUGUCUUGUGCAUACUCCACUGAGUCCCCGGAGUCAGAAGCAGCAGAGGAAGAAAUUUCAAACAGCAACAUCAUCAGUAGUAUUCAUAAUGAUAAUGAUGAUGAUGGAGAUCAUGAUCAUGAUGAUAAUAAUAACAACAACAACAACAAGAGUAAUGGUAGCAGCAGUAAAAAGGGGCUUCUCACAACAGAACAAGACCGGGAAACGACAGAUGUAGUGAAAGUAAGACCAGACGACGAUGGGUGUAGUCAAGCGAUGCCUAUACUGCGAUGCGAAGAGAAAAAUUCAAAGAAAAAACACACCUCUCAAAUGGAGGAAAAAGAAAGUACUCGAUUAAGUGAAACAAGAAAUAUUGACUCAGCGAGUAGUGUAGAGGUGGAUUCUAAGCGUUUAGAAGCGAAAACGAACAAACGACAAGGAACCCAACAGUCCGAAAUCCAUGUUGCUGUUGCUGCUGCUGCAGUUAAUAAUAAUAACAAUAAUAAUAAUGACCUUCCGGACGAAUAUGAAGGUAAGAAGAGGGUUGUGAGUGGCAACAAGAGUAACUUCAUAAAGGGUGUUGACAGGAAUGGUAAUUAUACUGAACUGGAUAUGGACGCUGUGCUACCAGAAGUUAAUUCCUCUACGGGCUCAUUUCCCAAACGAAACUCAUUCCAUCACGAGAGGGAUGUAGUUCCAGUAAAAAAAGAGAAGGAACAGAUGAACGUUACACCUGGGCUUUUAGCAGAAUAUCUACCACAGAGUCAAAGGAAGACAUUAGAAUUCACAACAGGUUCGCAAACUAUUCAACCAGUCUUGAGUUCAUCUCUCUACUCCGAAAAAGAAACCCACAGUACCGUCACAGGUGGAAGGCGUUUCGUUGAAGAACAUCCACGGCAUGCUGCAUUACUGUUAGCAAAGCAAGCUUUCCUUGGAAAAGACUAUUUACCUCCAACAAAACUUCAGCUGGACAAUAAAACCUCAGAGUUGGCGUUAAACUCAGAUGCUAAAGAUACCAAUAAUGACGUAUCUAAGGCUGUUCCUCUAUUCCAGUUUUCAGGGAGUGAUAAACCAUCCGGUGGUAUUGCAGUAGAGGAACAUUUGUUUGACUCGGAGGAGAAUACUUCUCACUUUCCAGAAAGGGAACAUCAGUUUCCAUUGCAGUUGCUGCAACAGCAAUCAGGGGAAGAGCAAUUACGUAAUUCCGUCAUUCAAUCACUGUUGACAAAAGUAGAAGAAUUGAGUGUUCAAUGCAACGCACUCGCAGAGCUUGUGAGUAGUAACAUGACACCAACCGCACAACCAUACCAAGACCAGACAAUGAUAACAAAAGAGGUGGAAAAAAAGAUGGUGAUUUUAAAGGAUGUGGUGCGUCAGAUGGCAGAAUGCCAUUCUUCAACUGUGGGGGAUCUAUUAAAGCUACAACAACAAGUCACACAACAACAACAACAACAAUUGGAGAGUACUGUGGCAGAGAAGCAAAGCUGGCGGAAUGAUGCGAUUAGUGCCAAAGAGGCAGCACUUGAGUUGCAGCGUCGCUGCGCUAAUCUCGAGACGGCACAAAUUGAAGGGAAACAACAACUACAAUACAUGUCUGCAAUUUUAAAAGAUUUGGCGUACAAACUGGAGUGUGGGGAAAAGGAAAAUCUCGAUCUUAAAGUGGAGGUUGCUGCCCUUCAGCGACAAGGCUUACUUCUGCGUGAAAAACUACUCUCUUCCUCAUGA